AUGGGGUGGGCGCCGUUCCCGAAUCCGGAGCGUUUCCACGUCGCGGGCUCUCCACGACCCAACCCUAAUCAGAGGACCAUGGUGCGGGUCCCGCGCUCUGCUCCCCCUCCCGGAGGCGCCGUUCGGCAUUGUCACCACGGAGGCCCCAAACGAGGAGCGGGGCCAGAUGACCUGCAGCUCCCUGGAGCCUCCCCGGGACUGGCCGGGCCUGGGGGCGCUGUCAACUUGUUGAAGUCCUUUCGUGCCGCUGCCUUCCUCCGCUGCGCACCAUGUGGAUUUCAUAUAAGGCUCGUGUGCAUUCCAGAAGUGUUGGGGGUCACCACAAAUGGCAUCAUUGCUACGAGUGAACCCCCGGCCAAAGAAUCCCAUCCCGGGCUCUUCCCACCAACAUUCGGUGCAAUAGGCCCUUUCCUGGCAGACUUGGACACGACGGAUGGCCUGGGGAAGGUUUAUUAUCGAGAAGACUUAUCCCCCUCUAUCACUCAGCGGGCAGCAGAGUGUGUCCACAGAGGGUUCCCAGAGAUCUCUUUCCAACCUAGUAGUGCGGUGGUUGUCACUUGGGAAUCCGUGGCCCCCUACCAAGGGCCCAGCAGGGAGCCGGACCAGGAAGGCAAGAGAAACACGUUCCAGACUGUUCUAGCCUCCUCUGAUUCCAGCUCCUAUGCCAUUUUCCUUUAUCCUGAAGAUGGUCUGCAGUUCCAUACGACAUUCUCAAAGAAGGAAAACAACCAAGUUCCUGCCAUGGUUGCAUUCAGUCAAGGUUCAGUGGGAUUCUUAUGGAAGAGCAACGGAGCUUUUAAUAUAUUUGCUAAUGACAGAGAAUCAAUUGAAAAUUUGGCCAAGAGUAGCAACUCUGGGCAGCAGGGUGUCUGGGUGUUUGAGAUCGGGAGUCUAGCCACCACCAAUGGCGUGGUGCCUGCGGACGUGAUCCUCGGAACUGAAGAUGGGGCAGAGUAUGAUGAUGAGGAUGAAGAUUAUGACCUGGUGACGACUCGCCUGGGCCUGGAGGAUGUGGGCACCACACCCUUCUCCUACAAGGCUCUGAGAAGGGGAGGUGCUGACACAUACAGUGUGCCCAGCGUCCUCUCGCCGCGCCGGGCAGCUACUGAAAGGCCCCUUGGACCUCCCACAGAGAGAACCAGGUCUUUCCAGUUGGCAGUGGAGACUUUUCACCAGCAGCACCCUCAGGUCAUAGAUGUGGAUGAAGUUGAGGAAACAGGAGUUGUUUUCAGCUACAACACAGAUUCCCGCCAGACGUGUGCCAACAACAGACACCAGUGCUCGGUGCACGCAGAGUGCAGGGACUACGCCACGGGCUUCUGCUGCAGCUGUGUCGCUGGCUAUACAGGCAAUGGCAGGCAAUGUGUUGCAGAAGGUUCUCCCCAGCGAGUCAAUGGCAAGGUGAAAGGAAGGAUCUUUGUGGGCAGCAGCCAGAUCCCCAUUGUCUUUGAGAACACUGACCUCCACUCUUACGUAGUAAUGAACCACGGGCGGUCCUACACGGCCAUCAGCACCAUUCCCGAGACCGUUGGAUAUUCUCUGCUUCCGCUGGCCCCAGUUGGAGGCAUCAUUGGAUGGAUGUUUGCAGUGGAGCAGGAUGGAUUCAAGAAUGGGUUCAGCAUCACCGGGGGUGAGUUCACUCGCCAGGCUGAGGUGACCUUCGUAGGGCACCCGGGCAAGCUGGUCAUUAAGCAGCGGUUCAGCGGCAUCGAUGAGCAUGGGCACCUGACCAUCGACACGGAGCUGGAGGGCCACGUGCCGCAGAUUCCGUUCGGCUCCUCCGUGCACAUUGAGCCCUACACGGAGCUGUACCACUACUCCACCUCAGUGAUCACUUCCUCCUCCACCCGGGAGUACACAGUGACUGAGCCGGAGCGAGAGGGGGCAGCUCCUUCCCGCGUCUACACUUACCAGUGGCGCCAGACAAUCACCUUCCAGGAAUGCGUCCACGAUGACUCCCGCCCAGCCCUGCCCAGCACCCAGCAGCUCUCGGUGGACAGCGUGUUCGUCCUGUACAACCAGGAGGAGAGGAUCCUGCGCUAUGCUCUCAGCAACUCCAUUGGGCCUGUGAGGGAAGGCUCCCCUGAUGCUCUUCAGAAUCCCUGCUACAUCGGCACUCAUGGGUGUGACACCAACGCGGCCUGUCGCCCUGGUGCCAGGACACAGUUCACCUGCGAGUGCUCCAUCGGAUUCCGAGGAGACGGGCGGACCUGCUACGAUAUUGAUGAAUGUUCAGAACAACCCUCAGUGUGUGGGAGCCACGCAGUCUGCAAUAAUCACCCAGGAACCUUCCGCUGCGAGUGUGUGGAGGGCUACCAGUUUUCAGAUGAGGGAACGUGUGUGGCUGUCGUGGACCAGCGCCCCAUCAACUACUGUGCAACUGGCCUGCAUAACUGCGACAUACCCCAGCGGGCCCGGUGUAUCUACACAGGAGGGUCCUCCUACACCUGUUCCUGUUUGCCAGGCUUUUCUGGGGAUGGCCAAGCCUGCCAAGGUAUGUGGUUGCUCUGCAGGAAGCACAGCUUAAUCUGUAUCAUUGACACGUGCAAGGUGACACCAGAAGUCAUGGAACUGAGGCCAGCUUUCCUGUCUGUUUCUCUGAUAGAGGUGGAGAAAACCCGGUGCCAGCAUGAGCGAGAACACAUUCUCGGGGCAGCGGGGGCGGCGGACCCACAGCGACCCAUUCCUCCAGGGCUGUUCGUUCCUGAGUGCGAUGCGCACGGGCACUACGCGCCCACCCAGUGCCACGGCAGCACCGGCUACUGCUGGUGCGUGGAUCGCGACGGCCGCGAGGUGGAGGGCACCAGGACCAGGCCCGGGAUGACGCCCCCGUGCCUGAGUACAGUGGCUCCCCCGAUUCACCAAGGACCCGCAGUGCCUACCGCCGUGAUCCCCUUGCCCCCCGGGACCCAUUUACUCUUUGCCCAGACCGGGAAGAUUGAGCGCCUGCCCCUGGAGGGAAAUACCAUGAGGAAGACAGAAGCAAAGGCAUUCCUUCAUGUCCCGGCUAAAGUCAUCAUUGGAUUGGCCUUUGACUGUGUGGACAAGAUGGUUUACUGGACGGACAUCACUGAGCCUUCCAUCGGGAGAGCCAGUCUGCAUGGCGGAGAGCCAACCACCAUCGUUAGGCAAGAUCUUGGAAGUCCAGAAGGCAUUGCUGUUGAUCACCUUGGCCGCAACAUCUUCUGGACAGACUCUAACCUGGAUCGAAUAGAAGUGGCGAAGCUGGAUGGCACGCAGCGCCGGGUACUCUUUGAGACCGACCUGGUGAAUCCCAGAGGCAUUGUAACGGAUUCCGUGAGAGGGAACCUUUACUGGACAGACUGGAACAGAGAUAACCCCAAGAUUGAAACUUCCUACAUGGAUGGCACGAACCGGAGGAUCCUGGUGCAGGAUGACCUGGGCUUGCCCAAUGGACUGACCUUCGACGUGUUCUCAUCUCAGCUCUGCUGGGUGGAUGCAGGCACCAAUCGGGCGGAAUGCCUGAACCCCAGUCAGCCCAGCAGACGCAAGGUUCUCGAAGGGCUCCAGUAUCCUUUCGCUGUGACGAGCUACGGGAAGAAUCUAUAUUACACAGACUGGAAGAUGAAUUCCGUGGUUGCUCUCGAUCUUGCAAUUUCCAAGGAGACGGAUGCUUUCCAACCCCACAAGCAGACCCGGCUGUAUGGCAUCACCACGGCCCUGUCUCAGUGUCCCCAAGGCCAUAACUACUGCUCAGUGAAUAAUGGCGGCUGCACCCACCUCUGCUUGGCCACCCCAGGGAGCAGGACCUGCCGUUGCCCUGACAACACCCUGGGAGUUGACUGUAUCGAACGGAAAUGAAGACAAGAGUGCCUUAUUUCCUUUCCAAGUAUUUCACAGCAACACUCUACUUGAAGCAACUUGGUCCAGAUUGAAAAGUGUCCUCUGGCUGAGUGGCCACUAGGCCCAGACUUAGCCCAGCCUGAGCCCCAACAACUUUUUCCUCAUUGUUCCCCAAAACAUGCACCCUGGACUUCUCUAAUAGAAAAGUCUCUACCCCUACACAAGGACAGAACCUGCCACCCCUCCCCCAACCCUCAGACAGACUUAUACAUCCCUGAGUGAGGAUUACAUGCCCAUCUCAGUGUCCUAGGACCUUUUCCCAAUACUAGCCCCAAGUGGUGAACAGAACCUCCCAAAUUUGAGUUGCACCCUUCCCUGUGGCCUUAUGAGCUCAGCCUCUCUUUGAGGUACCCACCAUCCUGUCAGCUCCUUGACAUAUGAGCCAGGGCCUGACUAGGAAAAGUUGGGAGUUAAGGAGGGAAUUAGCAUUCCUUAAUAUUUUGUUUUGGUGCUCUGAAUUUCUUCUUUAUUACAGUCCUAUAUUUUUACUCCUCAGUUCCUCACCAUCAUCAUCUUAUCUAAGACCCCCAUUAUAAUGUUCACACUCUGCUUUUUGAUCAAAACCUACCCUGUCCUAGAGAUAUAUGGGCAUUUGGUGGAUGAUAAUGAACAGCCCCUCCCAGAUAGAAUGUCAAUAUUUGAGCAGCAGGAUAUUGGCAUUUGUUAGUUAAAGGCUUAAAUCAAAAGAAUGUCCAAUGGUAGGAAUUUCAAGGUGUAGUCAGAUAUUUGAGAAUAGGGGAUUGUUUUGAUGUGCCUUAAAUUAUACCAAAGAUUACUAAUUAUUCCUCUUUGCCCAAAAUACUUGCAUCCAAGGUUCUAGUCUCUGUUGCUGUGUUGGUUUUCAGUCCCACUGCUGGCACCAAUGUCCCUCCUUUUCAUGGAGACCUAUUUGAGGCACAGGAUGGGGCUGGCACCAGAUGAUUUCCCACCACAGUCCCUCACCUCUGGCCUCCACACUAGAGAACCAAUUUACACUCAACAAUGACCUCACCCCUCCUUGGUUUCUCCCUCUGUCUGUGGCCAUUGUUGGAUGUAUUCUCAUCUAACAACACAAUCUGGAAAGACUGAAUUGAAUAUUUAUACUAGUGGUUCAUAUCCUUUAUUGCCCAAUGAUCUAAUUAAAAGGAUCAUUGCCACAUUUCAUAUUUAUAUUUCUACAAUUUGUUUAGAAAACAUCUCCUGACCAUAUCAGUAGCUGGUGUUAUCUUUUCAUCAACUGCUUCCCAGAGUCCUAAAACAAUACAAAUUUUGGAUUGAAAAGUUCAGCAUAAGGAGUUUGAGUGAGUAAAGGAUGGGAUAAAGAAGUCAAGAAGAUUCAAUGAAAAGUAUCACAAAAAAGAGUUUGAUCAACAAGAGAAAUAAAAAAGCCCAAGAGGAAAUGGGAGGGGAAGGAAUUUAAGAACAGCAGUAAGUAAAACUCUUAAGUAACUCCAGAAAGAAAAUGGUACAUUUUGCCAAAGACCACUUAUACUUGAGAACAUGGAAGAAUUUGCCUGAUCCUCUCUUUGGGGAAGAGAGUCUCUCCUCUUUUCCUCAAACCCCGUUACCCUCAGCCUCUCCACCCCACCUUCUCCUGACUUUGUCCUCACUUGCUUCUGCAGUACAUUGGAACCUGAAUUGAAAUAAAGUCUUCCCUUAAAUAAUUGGAGUUUGUCUUGAGAGGCAAAUGUAGCCCCAAGAAUCACAAGAUUCAAGGACCAUGUAGGUCUUUUACAUGUAGCCCAACUCCAUAAAUCAGUCUCGCUUUCUUUUUGUAUUUAUCGUUUCAUAUUAAACCCUCUAUAUCAAAUGUUCAUCAUGAUUUUGUAUGAUUUUUAUAACUAUUUUAUUCAUUUUAUUAGAUUUAUUCUAAAAUUUUUAAAUGGUAAAUUCUUAAACUGUGGAAACCACUAAAGGUGCUUAUUAACUGUUCUCCCAGAUUUGUACAAGUAUUGGAAGAUUCCUUGAGUUUACAGCUGUACAAAUAGUGUGGAAAAUAAAUUUUUUUU